UGCUGCAUACUGAGAAGUUCAGCAACACUUUGAACAAUAAGCAUCGCACUCGGCCGGAGACAAUGUGAAAUUGGUCAGCGAGCUAUAGAGGGUUUGCAAUCGUUUUCGCGGAUGCAUUCAUUGGGAUUUUAACCACAAAAUGGAGGCCUUUUUGAAACCAUUUCGAACAUCUCUUUAAAGGUGAAGGCAUUUUCCCUGCAUUGCAGCCGUUUUAGUAAUGAAACUCGGCACAAAUAAUUCUAAUCUAAGGAAACGCCGAACGCCACGGAGCUGCGCUGAAACAAUUGGAAUGCUUAAUACUGGCAAUGAGAUGUUACAAUAUAUUUUACUUUUUAAAAUCGAAACUGCUAUUUUGCAUGUUUAUUUCCUGGGAUCUAAUUUUAGGAGAAAUUCAUUACUCGAUUCCUGAAGAAUUGCAACUGGGGGCAUUCAUUGGAAACAUUGCAGACGAUUUGGGAUUGGAUGUUCAGCAGCUAUCUGCUCGAAAUUUUCGACUUGUAUCAGGUCCAAAUCAGCGAUAUUUGGAAGUCAAUUUACACAAUGGGAUUCUGUUCGUAAAUGAAAAGGUUGACAGGGAACAAAUCUGCGGCCCUCGUCUCACUUGCGUUUUGUCUUUGGAAGCUGUGCUUGAAAAUCCUUUGAAUUUGUAUCAGAUCGAGGUGGAGAUUCUCGAUAUAAAUGACAACGCUCCCAGUUUCCCAAAGGGCCAGGUCCGCCUUGAAAUCUCCGAAAUUGCUGCGCCGGGUAAGCGUUUUCCCCUCGAGUGCGCGCACGAUCCCGAUGUUGGAACUAACUCCGUACAGACCUACCAGCUGGUUGCAAAUGAAUACUUCUUGUUAAAUGUUGAGGCGGGCAUUGGAGAUGGAAAAUUACCCGUACUAGUGCUAGAAAAGCCCCUGGACAGAGAGAAGCAAUCGAUCCACAGGCUACUGCUGUUGGCCAAAGACGGCGGGGUACCCGAGAGGUCUGGUACUACCCAAAUCAAUAUCAUAGUUGAAGAUGCCAACGACAAUGAGCCGUUUUUCCUGCAAUCGGUUUACAGAGUCAGCCUGACAGAGAAUAUAACCAAAGGGGCCUUGGUUCUGCAGGUAAACGCCACGGAUUUAGAUGAUGGUUCUAAUGGAGCGAUUGUGUACUCUUUCAGUAGUCAUACAUCUGCAAAGGUCCGUGAGCUGUUUGGUUUGGAUUCGAAAACGGGCGAGAUCAGAACCAAAGCGAAUUUGGACUAUGAGGAUAUUAACGUUUUCGAGUUUAUUGUACAAGCAAAGGACAAGGGACCUAAUGCCAACCCAACAUACUGUCAUGUUGUGUUGAACAUUAUUGAUGUCAAUGAUAAUGCCCCUGAGAUGACGCUGACAUCCUUAUCUAGCCCUGUUCCAGAAGACUCUCUGACUGGGACAGUAGUAGCCCUGAUCAGUGCGUCAGACAAGGAUUCGGGACAAUUUGGGCAGCUGCAGUGUAAAAUCGGUAAUCAUCUUCCCUUCGCACUGGAUUCGUCCUCAAAGAAAUAUUUACGGUUGAUCACGCAGGAACGGCUGGACCGCGAAUCCUUCUCUACCUAUGAUGUGACUAUCACUUGUAACGAUGGCGGAACCCCGCCUCUCUCCACCAACAAAACCAUUGUGGUUGAAGUUUCAGACAGGAAUGACAACGCGCCACAAUUUGCGCAACCGUCCCUCACAGCGUACGUGAUGGAGAAUAACAAAAUCGAUGCGUCCAUUUUCUCGGUGUCAGCUUCGGAUCCCGACCUAGGGCAAAACGGCCAGCUAUCCUAUUCUAUCCUGGAGAGCCAGGUUCAGGGCGAAUCGGUAAGCAGGUACAUCCACAUAAAUGCAGGGAGUGGCGUGAUAUAUUCCUUUCGACCUUUUGACUACGAACAAUUAAAAAACUUUCAGGUCCGAAUUCAAGCGCAUGAUUGUGGGGUCCCACAACUCGCUAACAACGUCUCCAUAGACAUCAUUAUCCUUGAUCAGAAUGACAACGCUCCAGUGAUUGUGCAUCCGAUAACCGAGUAUGGAUCAACAGUGACAGAGACCCUACCCCGGUUGGCGGACCCAGGGUAUCUCGUGACCAAGGUAACGGCCACUGAUGCGGACUCUGGGCAAAAUGCUCGCCUAUCCUAUCGGAUCCUCCAUGAUAACAACUUGGGACUUUUUACGAUUUCAUUGGAAACGGGUGAAAUAUGGACAACCCGGAGGAUUACAAAGACAGAUGCAAACAAGCAGAAGUUAGUUAUCCUUGUAGAUGACAAUGGAAUACCAGCACUUACAGCGACAAUGACUAUCAUCUUGACAAUUGUGGAAGGCAGUGCAGAAAUGCUCAAUGACCCAGGCAGUUUAGCUGAAAGCCCUGGCUUCACUUCUGAUACAAGCCUCUACUUAGUCAUUUCUUUGGGAAUUAUCUCGUCGAUUUUUUUGGUGGUUUUAAUCGUACUGGCUAUUAAGGUUCACGGAAGCAGAACUGUUUUUGAUGGACACAAAUGUUUUUUGGGCACGUGUUGCUGCAUUGAAUCGAGAAAUGGAAUUCAGAAAGCCAGCCGGAACCUACAGAUUACCCCCAACUAUGUUGAAGUAUUUGGGGGCGACCCACUUUCCCAAAGUUUUCGCUAUAACACAUGUUCGCUAAAGAGAGGCUUCCAUUUCCCCAACACGUCUACAGAAAAUGAUAAAGCUUGGAGGGAAAUCGUUGUAAAUGGGGAGAAAGCUGUACUUAGUGAGAUGCGUUAUUCGAUUCCUGAGGAACUGAAUUUAGGCGCUUUUGUUGGAAAUAUCGCCGACGAUUUGGUUUUGGAUAAAAAUGAGCUAUCGGCUCGCGGCUUUCACAUUGUGGACAGUCCCAGUAAGCAGUAUCUGGACGUGAAUUUAGACAAUGGAAAUUUGCUUGUAAAAGAAAAAAUAGACAGAGAGCAGCUGUGUGGACCAGCCGUCACUUGCACACUGUCCUUGGAAGCCGUGAUUGAAAAGCCCCUGAACGUGUAUCACUUUCAAGUGGAAAUUCUAGACGUAAACGACAACGCUCCGCGUUUCCCAAAGAGUCAGUUCCGACUGGAAAUCUCAGAGGUGGCUGCUCUGGGAACGCGAUUUGCUCUGGAGUGCGCGUUCGACCCGGACGUUGGUGCCAACUCUGUACAGAGUUACCAGCUGUCAACCAACCACUAUUUCAACCUGGAUGUGGAAACGCGCGGUCGGGACGGAAAGCUACCAGUUUUAGUCUUGGAAAGAGCCUUGGACAGGGAACAGGAGAAUACGCACAGGUUAGUGUUAACUGCUAAAGACGGAGGCAUCCCUGAGAGAUCUGGCACUGCUGAAAUAGUAAUCGCAGUGGAAGAUGCCAAUGACAAUGCACCUGUUUUCUCGCAGUCAGUCUAUAGGGUCAGUUUGCUGGAGAAUGUACCUAUGGGAAUUUUGGUGAUUAAACUAGAUGCCUCUGAUUUGGAUGUUGGUCUCAACGGGCAGAUCGUGUAUUCAUUUAGCAGUCACACUUCCAAUAGAGUCCGGGAACAUUUUGCUUUGGAUCCAAAAACUGGUGAAAUCAAAAUUAAGAAGCAUUUGAACCACAAAGACAACAGCGUUUUUGAGAUUAAUGUACAAGCAAAGGACAAAGGACCUUACGCGACUCCUGUUUACUGUCACGUUGUAGUUGACAUCGUUGAUGUCAACGACAACGCUCCUGAACUGACCCUAACCUCUCUGUUCAGUCCUGUCAGUGAAGACUCCCUUCCGGGAACUGUGGUGGCUCUGAUCAGUUCAGCAGACAAAGACUCGGGUGAAAACGGGCACGUCCAAUGUCAAAUCUCAAAUAAGCUUCCUUUUAAGCUGGACUCCUCCUUAAGUGGUUAUUAUAGAUUGGUUACUGGAGAGACACUGGAUCGGGAGUAUAUAUCGAAAUACAAUGUAACUAUUGUGUGCAGUGAUGCCGGAACGCCUCCACUCACAGUCAACAAAACCAUCCUGCUGGAGGUUUCAGAUGUAAAUGACAACCCACCGCAGUUCAGGCAACCUUUAUACACUGCUCACGUGAUGGAGAACAGCGCUAUUGGUGAGUCCAUACUCUCGGUCACUGCUUUUGAUCCCGAUUUAAAUCAGAACGCCCGCCUAACCUACCAUAUCUCGGAGACACUAAUUCACAACAUGCCAGCAUCCACUUAUGUCUCUAUUAACUCGGACAGUGGCGUCAUAUACGCUCAGCGAACUUUUGACUACGAGCAUCUGAAAAAUUUUCAAAUCCAGGUUCUGGCACGUGACUCUGGAGAACUGCCUCUUUCUGGCAACACUUCGGUCGACAUAAUUAUCCUGGACCAGAAUGACAACGCCCCGGUGAUCGUUCAUCCCUUGCCCGAGUUCGGUUCCACGGUGUUCGAGACGGUAUCCCGGUUCGCAGAGCCAGGCUACCUGGUCGUCAAAGUUUCUGCUACAGACGCUGACACCGGUCAGAACGCACGCCUCACUUAUCAGAUUCUCCAUGCUACUGACGCUAGCCUUUUUACCAUUUCACCAGAUACGGGAGAGAUCUGGACAAUACGCAACAUCGUGAAUAAGGACGCUUCGAAACAGAGGUUGGUAAUCGGGGUUAAAGACAACGGAAUGCCUCCGCUGACAGCUACAGUAACGUUCAUGCUGUCUGUGACGGGAACGGAUGUACAAAUGCUCUCUGGUGUGACCAGCGACAACGCUGAGUUCGUUUCCAAUUCGAGUUUUUACCUGGUGAUAACUUUCGGCCUCACCUCCUCCAUUUUCCUAGUGAUUUUGAUUACCCUCGCGAUUAAGGUAUACAACAGCUCUUCGGUAGAUACCUGUGGCUGUUUGACUGCAAGGAACUCCCGAAAUGGGCUUCGGAAAGGCAGUAGAAGUCUCCAGAUACCAGCGAACUAUGUUGAAGUGUUUGGGGGUGAUCCACUUUCUCAGAGUUUCCGUUACGAUACUUGCUCAUCUUCAUAUUCCGCAAAGCGAGGUUUCUUGUCUUCCCACAGAGGCACUAUGUCUGCCCGGAAGAACAACAUCCUGAAUGGUGAUUGGGGGAAUGGAGACACCCCAAGAACACCAACCCAUGCGCAGUGCAGAAGCACUAUGAAUUCUGAGGUAAAGCAACCAAAUGCUGACUGGCGUUUCUCACAGACUCACAGAGCUGAACUAAACAGUUCUCAGUAUCAGGAGGACGAAGGAGUACAGCGUGAUAUACAACGUGAAGUUCAGCGUGAGGUGCAGUGUGAUGUCCAGUGUGAAGCACCUCAUGACGUCCAGUGCAAUGUGCCCCAUAACAUUCAGCAUGAGGUUCAGCGUGACGUUCCCUGUGACGUGCAGCGAGUGGUUGAGAAUGAACCUGGCGGAGCAAGGAAACCAGCAUGUGCAAGGCCUGCAGCCAUCCCUGCCGGUAGAGACGGGUGGACACUACCACGGACAGCUCCACGAAUGCAGUUGCAGAUGACGCUAGGCCCUCACGUACCAGGAACCUUGCGAAGUCAAUAUCUCAUCCCCCGAGAGGUUCAUACAAGUGGAGCACGUAUCAGUAAUUCAAGCGUGGAGUUCAGUGCACCUAUUAAUGGCAGCCUGCAUGGUCCAUGGGCUGCAAAUCAGACACGAGAUCAUAGAGGCAUCUCCAGUUCAAACACCAGGAGACCAGAGCUGGACACCCAGGCUUGCGGUCAAAUUCCCGGUUCACCAUCAGGCCAACGACUAUCUACACAACGUCUACAUUCCCGGGACAACCACCACGCUCUCCGGGAAGUCAACUACUGAGCGUGAAGGGAGGAAAUCCUUCAUUACUUUCGGGAAGAAGAAGAAAAGUGGUAAAUAAAGUGAAGAAGAAGCAAGAUGGAAUUGAAUAUUAAUGGUGAGAAUUAUAAAAUGGAGCUGCAUGACUGAAGCACGUUUUUUUAAAAAAAAAUAAAUUACUAAAUGUCACUCAAAAAAAAACACUGGACCAAAGCAGGUCCUUUGCUGCACUAAGUAUUAGUUUGAAAGGGAAUGGAGUUUUCUUUAAUUGCAUUUCCAAUGUGUAAGUUCAGAAUGCUUCAGUAAUCCUCAAUGAAAUAAGGAUCAACAAAAUUGCACCAACUGCAAAUGCUUAUAGAUGUGAACACUUCUCUCCUAGCAAUCCAGAGAUUAAGGUAAUUUGGUCGAGGCUGUGUGGAUGUGAUUCUGAGUAUCCUUUCUGCAUAUCCUCCUCAGGGUAGUUUGAUCUUAGAGUAGGAUAAUAGGUCAGCACAACACCGUGGGCCGAAGGGCCUGUACUGUGCUGUACUGUACUAUCUUCUAUGUUCUAUUGCCACAGGGAAUUUGUCAGGAAUACUUCAUCAAAUGCCAUUGAACAACUAAAAUUGGUAUCAGGUCAGUGUUACAACAUUUCUAUCAAUGAGCAAGAUCCCAAGCACUGGCUUGACCAAGGAAAGAUUUCAGGAGUACUCCCAACAUGAUACACAAUGUACUGAUGAGACUCGAUUCCCUCCACUCUUCAUGAUUCCUCCCAUGGUGGGCUUAUAAAUUCAGUUUUUAUAUAGCGAUUGAUAAGCCCUUGGCAAGAAUUGCAUCCACAUGGCAUUUAUUUGCCGUCUCUGAAGAGCAAGAGAUAAAAGAAUGUGCUGGAAGCCAUCAACAUCUGGGAUGGCUGUAACCAGAACUCUACCGACAGAUAGAAGAAAUAGAUUUUCUGAGUUUUUCAAUUAAUGAGCAGCGAGGCUGCAAAACCGUUGGACCAUGCAAUGAGGACUAUUGGCAUGGACCAUUGUUUUCCAUUUCAUACAUGCAAAGGCCACAGGCUAAGUGGUGAAAACUGGAACUAGAGUAGGUGCGUGUUUGAUGACUGGCAUGGACAAAAUGGGCCAAAGAGCCUCUUUUCACACUGUAAAACCCUAUGACUGCACAUGUCAGCAGCAGAGAGAGAGCUACUUAAUUAAGUCACUGAGAAAUUGUGCCUUUCCUGGAGAAAUGGAAGUUCGAUCCUGGCUCAUCACCAUGAUGGGAAGAAAUUAAGGAAAACAUUUAAAGAAAAUCCAUUCCCUUCUGUAAACAGCUGUUGCACAAUGCUAGCAGCCACAAUUUUAAUUCAGGCAACAAUUCAUGUAUCAUGUCUCCAUUUAUUCAGUCCAAUGUGAUAAACGGCCUUAACAUAGAUUAAGGAACACUUUAAGCGUCCAUUUCCUCAUUGUGCAUGUUAGCCACACUGAGGGUUAUCGCUUGCGUUACAUUUUCUGUAAUUUAUUCACUGUCUAACACCCUAUAUUUAGCUUUAGGAGGGGUGAAACAGAACAGAAAAGAAAUGAAAGGAGAAAAAGAGUGAAAAGAGAAAAUAACUGCAAUAUGAUUUCCUCUAUUGGUUUGUUGAAUUGUAUGAGACGUCAGUCAGAACUGGCAGGUGGAGUACUAACUAGGAACAGCAUCCGCCCAAGAACAUUGACAUUGACUGUCCCAUUCCUUUGGAGCACCAUUUGAUUCUAAGAUGGCAGUAACAAUGACUGUGGGCAUUUACAAACUUGUGGUUUUGAGUGUUCUUUCAUCUGCCUGAAAUAGAAAAUAUGACGGGACAAGGCUUACUAAGGGGGAAAGAAUAAGCAGUAAGAAAGGAGGGAAGUAAAGUGUAAUGAAAUACCAAAAAAAGACACAUUUACAAAUGGGGCUAGGGUUAUCACCUACAGAAGGGACCAAAACUGGCUAGGAGGGUUAGAUCAGAUAGAACCACAGAAAAAAAUACUCCGAGGCAUCCUUUGACGAAGAUGAGAAUUUGUUAAGAACUUAGUAAUGCUUCUGCCUCAAGAAAAAUGGUAGUGGAGAAAAAAACAUAACAAGGUUUCAUCCUGUUUAGAAUGUAUUUAGAAAUUCCAGACCAACUACAAUGGCGUAGAUCUCAACUUUGACUCGUCAUGUUAAAAGGAUGAUAAGCAAGUUAGCAAACACUGUUACGUCUUGGCUUUUAAUUCUGUCAAAGUGGGUAGGUAAUCUGGGUGCAUUACAGAAGAUAUUGCCAACUUGCUAUCAUCUAUUCUACACCAUUGUAGAACGUUAACGUAUGCCUCCUCUGUUCUUCACUGCCAAUGACUUUAGCACAGAUAGCAAAUAGAGAGCCCUAAUGUCCUGAGCUCAGCGAGGAACAAUCACCUGGCCUUCCUGCUCCUGCCUGCAAACUAACAACCACUACCAGAGGUCCAAGUGGACUAUUCAUUGGGACCAGGUAUGGGAGUGCAGGCUGUGCCCAAGGAUCCAUACAGAGUCAGUGCCUUCAAAAGAACAGAAAAGAAAGGACAGAAAAAGUAAUUGGCAAAGUGAAAAAGCAAAGAGUCAUUGAGUUCAUUCCCACAGAGGUGGUAAAUAUGGAUAGGGCUAAAUUUUUUGGAACAGGGACUUGAACUAUUUAGAGACUAUUUAGAGUCCUGUCAUUUAACUUUAUUUAAAUACUAGCGAUAACCCUAUAACAAGUUUUCUCUAAGACUGGAUCAAUCAGCCAUAGCUUUGAGAGUAAAGCUUUGGUAGCCAGUGCAGGAGACGUAGUCUGUAGCUGUUUUAAUAUGUAGGCAUGCUGAAUAUGUCCUGUGAGUAUUGAAUAUAAGUAUAUCCAUAUACAAGUAACUGUCCUAUUUCUUUGGAAAAGCAAAAGACUGAAUUAGAUCUCGAGACAUUGUGAAUCUCUAUAGAUUUUUGGAUGUUUUUUUGCUAAAACUUGUUUUAUUACGAUUAUACUGUGUGGUGUUGUAGAUUUCCUAUACACUGCUUUUUAAGUACAAUUAUCCAAUAUUAGUGGAACAUAAAGUGGUAGAUUCUUUCUAAUGAUGUACAUGUCUAUUUCUGAAGUUUGCUUGCAAUUGCUGACAUCAGUAUAAUAGCCUGUAUGACACUUAGUGAAUAUAUUGUGCCCUGUAUUUUUCUUCAGAACUAAAUUGCUGUAAUCCUAGUGUGACAAUCUUGCUUUACUUUAAUUGCAGUAGUUUAUAGUAGUAAUGUUUUGAUCUAACUUCAGUCUUUACAUUAAAAUUAUUCCUUUAAUCCAA